CUUCUCGCCAUAGCAUCAUCUCCCUCGAAUUAAAAUGGCCGCCAAGUGGAUGUUUUGGUUACUUUGUGGGUUUAUAAGCUUCAACAUGAUGUCCUUUGCUUCAGGUGCUGCCUGUAACGACAUCAUCGAUAUCGGUAUCAUUAUCGAUUCAUCGGGGAGUAUGGGAGUGGAAUGGCUUGUCAGUGCCAUGGCCUUUGCCACUCAGCUCGCAGAUAACUUCACAAUAGGUUACGACGAGACACGAUUCGCACUGAUCACGUUUAGUAAAGAAGCCAAAAUAGAAUUUCUUUUCAAGGACUACAAAAGUCGAGAGGAAGUUGAGCUUGCAGUGGAGAAAGUUGAAUUUGGGAAUUCCAGUACAAGAAUCGAUAAAGCACUGAGCCUCGCUCUUAACGAGGUUUUCAGUCACGGAUCAGGAACAAGGACGUCAGCCUCGCGUUUUCUUGUCAUUGCAAGUGAUGGACGCUUCCCUCGAACUGGAAUACCGACGUUCGAAUCGAUGGUCCUUCCUAUUAUGAAUCUCAAUGUCGAAGUGCUUGUGGUUGGGAUUGGAGAUGGGGUUUUGCUGAAUGAGCUGAACGCACUUGCUCUCCACAAGAAGGAGAAUGUUUAUCCUUCUUCUUCCGAUCUUAAUCUUGACAACAUGGUUAACAGGAUUCGAUCCCUGACUAACGUGAAAUGUAGAUCUCUACCCAUCUAAAUAUCAGUUGAAAAUCGUUUUGGUUACACUGGGGAAUGCUGUAGAAUAGUUCUGCGAGGGACCAUAUUCAUAGUUACAGCUAAGCACUACAAGAGGAAGGGACUAGCAGAUCAAAAGUCAUGGUUUAUAAUUAAAUUUGAAACCCAUUUUCAAUUAUUAAAAGCUGAUAUCCACAAAUAUUGUUGUUUUGUAUUCUACUUGCUUGCCAGUAUCACUUUUAGAUAAUAAAAU